UUUUCCUGUAGUUGUUUUUUUUGCAGAGGGAGCUGCUUUGCAGAGAUUGGGGGCCGCUGUAGAGGGCUUUCUCUUGUCUGUUUUUUAUACUUAGAUAUCCACCUCAGCUGUUUUAUUUAUCAAGUUCAUGUGUUUAGAGCUAGCUUGUUAGUUAGUUAGCUAGGUUUGUUUUUUAUCUGAGUGCAGCCCCCAAGUUUGACGCAUAUCUCUUUCGUAAUUCGAAUAUCUGCUAUAUAUGUCAAAAGUUUGGGCUGUCCAUCACUUUGAAUUGAUAAGCACUGGCUGUGUUUUUAGCUCGGCAUCGAUACACUUAUUAUUCGCUAUGUUGUUACAAGAAAAUCAGGUCAGCGUCAGUGUUUUCACGUCUGUAACGGACUCAUCAGAUGAACCGAUCCGAGCUGCGUUUCCCCCCUCAGUGGAGCUAGGACUCACCGUUGUCUAUACUGUUCUGUACUCCCUGCUUUUUGUAUUUGUUUACCUACAACUUUGGCUAAUUUUGCACUAUGGACACAAACGCUUCAGCUACCAGAGUGUCUUUCUUUUUCUCUGUUUGCUGUGGGCAGCGCUUAGGACUACGUUGUUUUCUUUUUACUUCAAGAACGUUGUUCAAGCGAACCAGUUGCAGCCUUUACCCUUUUGGCUUUUGUAUUGUUUUCCUGUUUGCCUGCAAUUCUUCACGUUAUGUCUCCUAAACCUAUAUUUUGCACAGGUGAUGUUCAAAGCCAAAGCAAAGUACUCACCGGAACUCAACAAAUAUAAAGUGCCUCUGCGUCUGGGCUUCCUGCUGGCGAGCCUCUUCUUCCUGGCGGUGAACGUGACGUGUGCGGUGAUGGUCAAGCUGGGCGUGGGUGAGCGCAUCAUGAAGGACGCCGUUCUGGCCCGCGUGCUCAUCAACGACAGCCUCUUCGUGGUCUGCGCCAUCUCGCUCGCAGUCUGCAUCUUCAAGAUCGCCAAGAUGUCCUCCGCCAACGUCUACCUGGAGUCCAAGGGUACUUCGGUGUGCCAGGCCACAGUGAUCGGUGUGGCGGUCAUCCUGCUCUACACAUCGCGGGCCUGCUACAACCUGGUAGUGGUGGCCCUGGCCCCCGAGGACCGACCCAGCCCGUUCAACUACGGCUGGUACAACGUCUCUGACCAGGCGGAUGUGGAUAAGAUCAGUGGGGAGGCGUACAUCAUCUUCGGGGUGAUCCUGUUCUUCUGGGAGCUGCUGCCCACCAGUCUGGUGGUGGUCUUCUUCAGGGUCCAGCGGCCUAACCAGAACCUGGCCCCAGGAGGGAUGAUCAGCAGCCACAGCUUCAGCUCCAGGGCCUACUUCUUCGACAACCCGCGGCGGUACGACAGCGAUGACGACCUCACGCGGAGCAUCAGCUCCCGGGGUGACCGGGGCAGUGUCCUGUCGACAACGCCACAGGUCUCGUCCAGCUGGUACGGCUCCAUCCAGAGGAACGGCAGCCUGACCGGAGCGCCCCACCUCGUCAGCGGGCCCCAGGCCCCCACCGCCCCCCUGCUCCUCGCCUACGGGAACAUCCAGACCAACCAGCACCACAACUACUACUCUACACCGCAGAACUGAGCCCGUAACCCCCCGCAACGCAACCCAACGCAACGCCUUCCCCCGCCCCGCAACCCACGGAAGCCUACUCAGAGCUGCCCUAGUCUGUUCCAGUCGGUUUGUCUUGUGAGUUUUUCCCCCACUUCAGUGGACAUAUCACCCUGUUCUGCUAACCUCCACACUCGUGUAAAGAUUCCUGUUGUGGACGGGAGAAGAUACAAUCCACUCAGUCUGUCCAAUGGGGGACUCCUCGACCUACAGACGUAUGUCAGUGUGUCCUGACCUACAGACGUAUGUCAGUGUGUCCUCGACCUACAGACGUAUGUCAGUGUGUCCUGACCUACAGACGUACCCAUGUCAGUGUGUCCUGACCUACAGACGUAUGUCAGUGUGUCCUCGACCUACAGACGUAUGUCAGUGUGUCCUGACCUACAGACGUACCCAUGUCAGUGUGUCCUGACCUACAGACGUACCCAUGUCAGUGUGUCCUGACCUACAGACGUACCCAUGUCAGUGUGUCCUGACCUACAGACGUACCCAUGUCAGUGUGUCCUGACCUACAGACGUACCCAUGUCAGUGCUGACCUACAGACGUACCCAUGUCAGUGCUGACCUACAGACGUAUCCAUGUCUGUGUCCUGACCUAUAGACGUACCCAUGUCAGUGUCCUGACCUAUAGACGUACCCAUGUCAGUGUGUCCUGAAUAUCGGCUUUGUUUUAGUUUGUUUUCGUACGGGUGGCAGGCUACACAAGUGCAGAUUAUUAAAUGUGACUUUGCUUUUGUUCUGUUGGAGCCUCCUGUACACAUGAAUGUGUUGGGCUUCUCCAAAGCAGUGGUGAACGUCUCACGUCUCCUCUCUCUCCUGCUCGGCUGCAUGCUACAGGCUAGACGCCGCAGACAGGUAGGUAAGUGCAGGUCAGCGCAGACUACUGGGUCUGCAUGCUACAGGCUAGACGCCGCAGACAGGUAGCUAAGAAAGGGAUGAGGCUCUGACUACUGCUUUAGAUUCCUCACCAUCCCUUCCUGCCUGAUUGGACACUUAAGGAUGACAUCAUUCCCAAGAGGUGGAUGUGCAGAGAAAGACACCGCUGUAGUUGUUGUUGUUGUUGUUGUUGUAGUUGUUGUUGUUUUUCUCUUGUUGUGAUAGAGCAACUCGACCCUAUCACCACCCCUCGUCACCCAUUGCCCCAUUCCUGAAUCUCCCACAGAGGACCUGAAUCUCCCCGCCCCCCCCCCCCCAUCCCCCCUCCCCCCCUUGUGUUCCUGGCCUCGGACCGGCAAGCCGGAUCAGUUCCAGGAACCCCUGUGAACACAGACUCCCCUCUGUGAGCUGGGAGUCAACAAUUUGCACUUCAGAAGAAAGACAGAAGAAGAAAAGAAGAAAGAAAGGAAGAGAGAGAGAGAGAGUGAAAGACAGACAGAAAGAAAAAAAUGAGCCCAUAGUUCACAUUGUAACGAAUUGGCAGUGGCCUGAAUGUAGUUGUUGAUUUCAGAUUUUUUGGCUCUGCCGUGUGUCAUCCAGCACACAAAAGCUCUGGACGACUCUGGACGGCUCUGGUACCGGGACUCGGUUGUGCUCUGACACAGAGGAAGAGGAUGAAGAAAGGACAGAGCAAGAGAGACUAUUUUGAACAUUUGUGUAUGUUAACCUUUUCUCGUUUGUUUUAAAUCUUCGGAAAAGUGAGGACUCUUUUUGUGUGUGUGCGUGCGUGCGUGUGUGUGUGCGUGUGUUUGUGUGUGUGUGUGCGUGUGUGUGUGUGCGUGUGCGUGUGUGUGUGUGUGUGUGUGUGUGUGCGCGUGCGUGUGUCUUUUGCCAAAGAGCGCCAAAGUUUGACCGACGCCCAUGUCCUGUGAGUGUUGUUUCCCAGAAGACCAGCACCAGAGGGUUCGCUCCCUAUCCUCCCCCUAUGAGGUAGGGGGCGCUGUGAAGCUGAGGAGCGAGAGGUGCCGCCUCAAUGAAUGUUUUCCGGGUCCUGUGCUGUGAAUGUGAAAGAUGGACAUGUGUUGGUUCUGAACAGGUCCAGUGGAUCUCUUUUGGUAAUCUUAGCCUCCUGUUUAUGGCUAUACCAGAGGCAUAGGUGCCCUAACUGAGAGUAUACCAUGUGGAUGACAAUAGAUAUAUCUGUUAGAUCUAUACAGUAGUUGUCUAAUGUAAUGUUGUGGCAUCAAGCUUUUUUUUUUCAGGGGUACUUUAAGAAAAAUGUGCCAUCACAUACUUCUGAAGAAAAAAGAAAACCCCCAAAAAAGCUGUGUAGAUAAAUUUCAACUGAUCUGUAGACAUUGUUUCAUUCCUUAGUCAGGUGGGUCCAUCUCAGACUAAAAGCAAUCCUGACCUGGCAGCAAAUAUGCACUUCCACCGUUAGGUGUGUUUGUCAGGAGUAGAAAGGUGUGAUAUUGAGUGUUAUGGGAAGGAGGGAGAGAGAGAGAGUGAGAGAAAGAGAGAGAGUGAGAGAAAGAGAGAGGUCAAGUAUGUGCUUGCUUUUUUUCCCCACCAACUAUUUCCUGUUAAAAAAUAAACAGUGUUUUGUGGUCUUUCGGACAAUAAGAACAAUCUGUACUUAGAGUUCUCGAAGUUCUAGUGGUUCUCCUCUCUGAGAGUGGACCAGACCCUGGUUGUGUGCAGGUGCACACCCAAUCAGAGCCUGGCGCUUGCAGAGUUCACUACAAUCCUCAUCUCUAUUCCCUGAAGUUCUACUCAUUCUUUUUGAUUUCUUCUUUUGUUCCCACUCUGUUCAUUCCCCCCUCUCACCCUCAGCCCUCUAUGAAGGCCUGUUUGUUUGACACAAACCUUUUUACCUUUUUUUUAUUAUUAUGAUUUUCCAAGUUUCGUGUGUGUGCGUGUCUGUGUGCGUGCAAUAUCAACAAACACAAUCAGUGUAUGGGCGUGAAUGCAAUUCCAAUUUGACUCUCUCUUGAGUUUUACCCCAACAAUGAGUUGCUUGUGCUUUGACCUUCAAGGAAGAAAGUCCAAGUGGAGAUUCUACUAUGACUGUGGGUGUGGAUCCAUACUGCUAGUUGCUUGUGAUCGAUUUCCACAUCCCUUUUCUCCUGUUCCAUUUUUUAAACAGACAGCCAGUUUCCUCUACAUGGAUUGAGCCUAAUCGUAGACUUAAACAAAACAUUUUUAAUAGGACUUCACCAGCUUUGAGAUUGGGUAAUGAAAAGAGAUUGGCGAUUGAGCAAUCAGAAUGGGAUCCGAAGAGUUUGAUUGUCCCUGUUAGCUAACCUGUACCAUGGAGGCAAGAUUAGCUAACCUGUACCAUGGAGGCAAGAUUAGCUAACCUGUAGCAUGGAGGCAAGAUUAGCUAACCUGUAGCAUGGAGGCAAGAUUAGCUAACCUGUAGCAUGGAGGCAAGAUAGCUGGUGGAGUGGCCAUUUUCUGUCAUAGAAAGUACUAGGCAGCUAUAUUGACAGGAAAGCCGGUGCGUAUGCUGUAUAUGCUAACGUCAUCUACAGCAUCUCUUCUCUUGCAUAUCCAUGGGUCCCUGUACCCUGCUUUAAGACAUUUCCAUUCAUUUACAGCUAGUAUCUGAAGGAAGACUAAAUCUUUUAAGCGUAGCAUACAUCUAUUCUCAUUUUAGUUUUGUUUCUGUGAAAUCUCUCUCUGUAUCAGAUCUCACGUCUUGCAGAACAAGCAAGCAAAGCCCAUAUUAUGAUGAUGAUCAUUUCAAUAAUUCUUUAAAAACAUUUUAAAUGUUCAGUUUGUGGCCAAUGAAUGUAAAAUGUUUACCCAUUUUUUUCAUAGUUCAUUAAAGAUGUAUGCAAGCACUACCAUGGGAAAAAAUAAAGUUUUACUGCACUGUUUUUGAAUAA